AGUAAACCCAAAAUUAUCAGGGGCGUAGGCUGCAGGGACGGCGCCGGGCAGCGGCUGUAAACAACGAAACGGAGAGCGGAUAAUAAUUGAUAACAAUCCAAGUGAGCGACGUAACCAGUACGGAAAGUCUACCCUCCGUCGUCGGCCGGUUUUCAAUGUCAAACCUUGUCAGAAUAGCUCGACGCAUUAUUGUCAGCAGGCCACAGCAAUUUCGGAAAAUGGAAAGUUCCGAUUCCGUCGAGAGAUGUUCUGCCCCCACCAGCAAGGGGCAGAGCACCACCAUUGCCGUGGGCCAGAUGCGCUCCACCAGCGAUAAGGUUGCAAACUUUGGCCAGGUCCAGGAGCUGGUAUCCCGGGCCAAGUCCAAGAAUGCCACCAUGCUCUUCCUGCCGGAAUGCUGUGACUUUGUGGGCGAAAAUCGCGCCCAGACCCUGGAGCUAUCGGAGACAUUGGAUGGUCAGCUAAUGGCGCAGUACCGGGAGCUGGCCAAAUCGAAUGGAAUAUGGCUUUCGCUUGGAGGAAUCCACGAGCGGAACUCGGAGGGAAAAAUAUAUAAUGCUCAUGUGCUGGUCGAUGAGAAGGGCGAGCUGGCGGCCGUCUACCGGAAGAUGCACCUGUUCGACGCGACCACCAAGGAGAUCACAUUACGCGAAUCGAAUACAGUAUCGCCGGGGGAACGGCUGGAGAGGCCCGUGAAGACGCCCGCCGGCAUGGUGGGACUACAGAUCUGCUACGACUUGAGAUUCGCCGAGACGGCCGUUCUGCUGCGGAAGCUGGGCGCCCAGCUGCUCACCUACCCAGCCGCCUUUACUUAUGCCACGGGGAAAGCGCACUGGGAGGUCCUCAUGCGGGCUAGGGCCAUCGAGACGCAGUGCUUCGUGGUGGCCGCCGCCCAACAGGGAUGGCACAACAAGAAGCGACAGAGCUGGGGCCAAAGCAUAAUCGUCGAUCCGUGGGGCAGGAUCCUGGCCGAUUGUGGCAACGAGAAAGAGCUGGACUUGGGUACGGCGGAGAUAAACCUCUCGACGUUGGACUCUCUCUACCAGAGCAUGCCCUGCUUCGAGCACCGGCGCAACGACCUCUACAGCCUUACGGCGUAUAACAUCAAAGGCAAGGAGCCCACAGAGGAUCGGCUCUUUGCCGAAAACAUAGUCGAUAAGCGUACUAUUUUCUAUGAGUCGGAGUACUGCUUCGCUUUCACGAACCUCCGGUGCGUGGUCUUGGGCCAUGUGCUGGUGUCCACCAAGCGGGUCACUCCUCGUCUGUGCGGUCUGAACUGCGCGGAGAUGUCGGAUCUGUUUGCCACGGUUUGCAUGGUCCAGCGCAUGCUGGAGAGCAUCUAUCAGACUACCUCCGCCACGGUGACUGUCCAGGACGGAGCCCAUGCCGGGCAAACAGUGCCCCACGUUCACUUCCAUGUGAUGCCCCGCCGACAAGGCGACUUCUGCAUCAACGACCAGGUAUACAUCGAACUGGAUAAUCGGGACGAGAACAAGCCGCCGAGAACAAUGGAGGACAGGAUCGACGAGGCCCAGAGCUACCGGGCCUUCUUGGACUGCAGCUAGUCCAUGUUAUCCACUUUUUCACAAUAUAUUUUGCAAUAAAUUCUUUAACCCGA